UGGACCGUGGAUGAUAACUGCGCCAUCUACAAUCUAUUUUUGGAGUCCCCCCCCAUAAAGAGCUUCCGGUUUACGAACGACAAUCCGCGUUCUUCUCGCAUCAAAGCCCGACUGCCGGUAUGCCGCCGGCCGAUCAGAGACCGGACGACAAAUCACCCGACUCAGCUCAAGAACAAUGCACAUGCCCAUCACCGGCCGAAGAACGCGACGGCACUUGCCGGCAUUGCAACCGUCCGCGCUCAAGCCUCCCUUCUUCGGCUUCCUCUUGCUCUCUCCUCAGUUUGGAGUCGUACCCUGUCCAGGACUACGAUAAGCUGUGGAGGGUGUACACUGCCUCAGUCAAAGGCUUCAUCAUCGGCGCUGGCAUCAAAGGCGGCCUCGCUCUCUUCUCCGUUCUUGCUCGCCUCCGCCGCCGGCGAUCCUUGCCUUACGCAAAGAAAGCGCUAAUGGCUUCCGGCAGCCAAGAUGUGAUUUUGGCAGUGAAAGAAACUCUCAGAUACGGACUAUUUCUUGGCACUUUUGCUGGUACAUUUGUUUCAGUUGAUGAGAUUAUUUCUGCUCUGGGUGGUCACCGUAGGACAGCAAAAUGGAGAUCUUUGCUAGCAGGAGCAAUAGCAGGACCUUCGAUGCUACUCACAGGUUUGGAUAACCAACAUACAAGCUUGGCGAUUUACAUCCUUAUGCGAGCUGCUGUUUUGGCCUCACGAUGCGGAAUAAAAAGUGAAAGAUUUGGGAGUGUCUGUAAGCCACUAACUUGGGCACACGGGGACAUUUUUCUGAUGUGCCUAUCCUCUUCACAAAUUCUGUCAGCUUAUAUAUUAAAGCAAGAGAGUCUGCCUCAAUCUUACAAGUCUUUUCUCAAUAAACAUGGAGGAAAAGACCUUGUUAUAUUAAAUGGCGUGAAAGACCUUGCACGUGGCAAGUCUGUAACAAAUUUGCAUGUCAUAGAGAAGUAUUACAAAUCUACUGGUCUAGACAUCAAACUUGAUCCUCAGAUGAAAGUUCCUUGCUCGAUUUGUGAGAAAAUCUCAUCUUUACGCAGAUGGUGCAUGGAAAUCAAACAUGUGGAGCGCAUUUUUUAAACUUCCUAAUUCAAGCCUAUAAGAGAGCUUUGCCUGUCUACCUUCCAGUUUAUUUAAUUCCUGCUUUGAUAGUGCAUCGGCAAGGUCUCUUGAAAAGGCCAUAUACAAUUUUGUGGAAGGGUAUUUUUGGGACAGCAAGAUCUAGUUUGUUUCUAUCUGUAUAUUGUGCGUCUGCUUGGCUCUGGACCUGCAUCCUUUUUAGGAUUUUACAGAGAUGUAACAUACCUAUGGUUGCAGCAGGAACGUUUCCGACAGGGUUGGCCUUGGGAAUUGAGAAGAAGAGCCGGCGGAUAGAGAUCUCACUCUAUUGCCUGGCACGGGCUAUCGAAAGCUUCUUCACAACGAUGGCGGAUGCGGGGUACUUGCCUCGAGGGGCUAAGAAUUUAAAGAGAGCAGACGUGGUGAUUUUUAGCAUUUCAACAGCAAUAAUAAUGCAUUGCUAUGCCAUAGAACGGGACGUCUUCAAAUCCAAAUACUUGAAUGUUCUUGAUUGGGUUUUUGGCGUGCCUCUUCCCCCGUACGAGACAACUCCUCGAAAGAAGAAAAAUGUGUGAAGCGUUUAGGCAUUUUUUAUCAAGUUCGACUUAAGUUUUCUCUCGCAAAUAUACCGAACAUGUUAAUGUGUUCCUUAUGGAGCUUGUUGCUAUUGUGUACGGGCUCGUUGCAAAACCAUAGAACUGGGCCCCAUUUUCACGAGAGCUCGUCCAAUGCAAUAAUAUGUUCCAUGAGGAACACCUUAACGUUCUCAAUAUAUUUUCUGUGUUAGCUUAUAAGGAUAAUUUGGUCAAAAGUAAGUUGUGCCAUUGUGUGAUGAUAUGAUAGGAUACAGUUAACAUGACCUUCCGAAAAAGGGGUAAAAAUUGUACAAUAAUACAAGUAUAUGGUUUCACAACACUGUCUUUAGAAGCUGGCAUCUGUGGCUUAUUAAGGUUGUGUUUUUUACGAAGUAUAUCUAGACUCUUCACUAAAUAAUACCACGUAGUUGUAAUACUCUCUGAGUCUCUGUACUACGUAUGAAGUAGAACAUUUUGUUAUUUAUAAUAUGGAGUAAUCAUUAUUUGAUAUUAAUAUU